UUCGUCGAACUCUAAAUUAAAAAUGUGAUAAUCUUGAUAAAAACGGUUAGACACGAUUCCGUGCCACCAGAUUCCGUGCGUUAUGGCCGCGCGUUGUUUUGGGCGUGUCCCCUUUUGCUUUACAUUAUAAAAUAUUUUUCAGAUAUUUUUAAUUUAAUUAAUUUAUUUAAUUAAUUAAUGGCGCAGCUUUUACAAAAAUCUGAAUUAAAUUUAAAUGACACAAAUAAUGACCAAUCUUCACUUUCUUCUUCUUCAUCACUUAAUUCAAAUGACGAUCAGAAUUCUUCUAAAAAUAGAGGAGAGGAGGAAGAUGAAGUGACCGAAAUUUCAUUGCAUGAUUUUUGUCGACAUAAAGGAGAGGAAAGGUCUGGACCUGAUCAAUUUGAAUUGUUGCGUGUUCUCGGACAGGGUUCUUUCGGGAAAGUUUUUUUGGUUAAAAAGAAUUGUGGAAUGGAUAAUGGGCAGUUAUAUGCAAUGAAAGUUUUGAAGAAGGCUACUCUUAAAGUUCGUGAUCGUCUUCGCACAAAAAUGGAACGUGACAUUCUUGCCCAAAUUAGCCAUCCAUUUAUUGUUCGUCUUCACUAUGCAUUCCAAACUGAAGGAAAGCUUUAUUUAAUUUUGGACUUUCUUCAAGGCGGGGAUCUUUUUUCUCGUUUGGCUAAAGAAGUUAUGUUUACUGAAGAGGAUGUUACUUUUUAUAUGGCUGAACUAAUUCUGGCAUUAGAACAUUUACAUUCAAUUGGAAUUGUUUAUAGAGACUUAAAACCAGAAAAUAUUUUAUUAGACUCUGCAGGUCAUAUAAGCUUAACUGAUUUUGGUUUAAGUAAAGAAUCUUUGGAUGAUAGUCAGAUGACUUAUAGUUUUUGUGGAACUAUUGAAUAUAUGGCUCCAGAGGUUGUCAAUCGUCGAGGGCAUUCAGUGGCUGCUGAUUGGUGGUCAUUAGGCGUUCUUAUGUUUGAAAUGUUGACUGGAAAUUUGCCUUUUCAAGGUAAAAAUCGACAAGAUACAAUGAAUCUUAUUUUAAGCUAAACU